ACCUUAGUUCCGCCGAGCUAAAAGUGUGAAUGAGUCGGUUUUGCUGGAGUUGUAUUGCCUUAACUGUUAUCUGUUACAAUUAUCCAACUAAAUUUACCUCCGGGGAUUAGUUACCUGUAUUAUAUCGUUUGGCUGCUCUUUGUCGGUUUGUUGGUACUACGAGUAUAAAAUCCAACUCUAUGUGAAUAGUUUGAGCAAGAUGAGUGUGUAGCACACCGUGUUUAGGAAGGAAAAGAACGUGACGCAUAUGCAUGCUAGUAGGUGGAAAUAGACCAUAUGGAAACCGUUUCACAUUUUCUAUUGCAUCCUGUUGUUUUUUUCUAAAAAAGAAGGCAGUAAUUUUGACUCAAGUGAGUAAGUGGUGACUUUUGCAAGUAUUAGAUCAAAAUUAGAGUUUUCCCUCAACAUCAAUCGGACUCAAAGUUUAACUUGGUUGGAAUGGUAAUCAUGGUGUUUACAGGUUUCUUGAAUUGUGUGGCACUCUUCAUUGCUGCCGUUUUCCAUUCAACCCACAGUUCAGAGGAUAGUUCCUGGUUGGUAAAUGGGACUUUCUUACACAAUGAAAGCGCGGAGCUCCCGCAGGGAAAUCUUAAUAUUAGUUUUUCCGACAGUAACGGAACAAACCUGCACUUACCAGACAUAGCAAAAGUCAAGAAGUGGCAAUGUCCAAAUAUAGCGAAUACUAAAAGCCUAGAAUGUGGAUGCGACAUUCCUCACACGUUGCGAUGCAGCAGUGAUGUCCAUGGGUUAGAGGCGUUAACUAAUAUAUUGCGUGCUUCCCCAUUUAAAGUGUCCUUGCUAGAUUGCACUUUGCGAAAUGUGACUUUUCUAAGUAGACCCCGUGUUUUUGAAAAUUUAACUCUACAUGGUCUAGUUAUAUCUUCAGGGGAAAUGAAGCGGAUACACAAAUUGACAUUGGCAGGACUUAAUCGCAGCUUGCAAGCUCUAGGUUUUCCAAGUAAUAAUUUUGCAAUCAUGCCAACGAAUGCAAUAUCAUAUUUAACAUCCCUGGAACGCUUCGAUAUAUCGAAUAACAGAGUUGAAGUUUUAAGUGCCUCCGACUUUCAGACUUUGGGGAAUUUGACCUACCUAGAUCUCAGUGAUAAUCUGAUAUCGAAGAUGUCGAAUGAAACAUUCAGCAACUUGAAAAGCUUAAAAACACUGAAACUAGGCGGGAAUCGAUUGGGAGAUCACCCUGUCAAUUUUCAAGCAUUCCGACUAUGCUACAAUCUGCGAGAACUGAAUAUACGCUCCAAUGUGAUCACUGGCUCGCUCACCCCUAGCACUUUGCCCAAGUUAAAAAAUCUGGAGAUUUUAAAUCUUGAACGGAACCUUAUUAGAAGUGUUCAAAAAGAAGCGUUUGACGGAUUUGUGAACUUGAAAUCGCUUCAUUUAAGUCAUAAUCAGAUAGAUGUGCUUCAGGAUCAUGCAUUUUAUAACUUAAAACGCCUAGAAUUUCUGGAUCUCAGUUAUAAUGGAAUUGUUGCUGUAUCAAAUGCAUCACUGCAACACUUAACUUACUUGAAAACCCUGGACUUGACACACAACUUCUUGCGAGCAUUAACAUCGGACUUAAUUUCACCGUUGCCAUCAUUGGAGUCACUAAUGUUAGGAGGUAAUGACAUUUCCAUCAUUGUCAAAUGUGCUCUCGAUGAUGCUAAUAAUCUAGUUGAGCUAUCAUUAGACGAAAAUCCGUUAGCAUGCGACUGUUCUAUUCAUUAUUUCACUGAGUGGCUUCGAACUUCCAAAAUCACAACAAAUAAUUUUUCGAACGCGUUAUGCGCCACUCCACCACAUCUCGAAGGAGCUCCGCUUUCAGAAGUGGGGCCUGAAUUUUUACUUUGCGAUGCUGAUGACUUUGAGGACGACAAUGUAACUACUCCUGAUCAAACAGAGACCAUUCAUCAUACAAAAAGUUUGGCGAAUACUCGUGACUUCAGCGAAAGGAUAUUCCUUUCGGAUUUACAUUUCUCCUCGGAUUAUGGAUUGAUCCUUACAUGGACGGUAAAUCUGCAGGAUGACUAUACGUGUGAUGCAAUGUUUGUAUACAAAGAAGAAAAUUCUAGUGAAAUUCUUAUAGACGACUCGAUGAUUCACUGUGAGCGAGAGCGAAUUAACGGGGAAAACACCAUCAACGUUAUUGUCCCAAAUAGCUAUACUUUGCUUUUAGAAGAGAGAUAUCGAUUUUGCCUCGUACUUAUUUCUCAAAAGAAUUUAGACCCAGAACUGGAAAUCGGAUGUUCAAAUGUUACAAAACUUCAAACUAAUGAACAAUCAAUUAAAUUUGGAAAGGGGAUUCUAGAGCGGAAACCCAAUACCUCAUUGGAAAUACAAACCAUCGAAGAAAAGGAAAGCAUUGAGACCAAUUCCAAAAUUGAUGACGAAGAUAGCAAGUCGAUGCAAAGAAAGAAUCCAGUGUAUGGACUUUGCGGAAAUAUUAACAAUUAUCUUCCCGGAAUUUAUCUUGGAGCGACCAUUGCCACUAUAUCUUUAUUUUUGUGGGGAAUAAGUAAAAUACGCAGAAUUUCAAUAUGUUCGUCUAUUUCGUCAACUCGAUGCUUCCAGAACCCAGCAGGUCCAACUAUGGAUCAUGAGAGAGGAAGUGGGUACUCCAAAUUACAGGCUUCUACAACUUUGUAGGAAAUCUGAAUCUGCGGUGCCACUAUUUUUAGAAAACUUAACUAUUGUGAUAAACUUAAUACCAAUGUUAUUGUUUUUUUCUCCACGUUGUUAGUAAUUCCGGAAAAAGUGUUUAACUGUUACUAUUAGACCAACAUUUUAUCGUAUGUAAGCGUACUAAAAUCAUGUAAUAUGCAUAUAUACUUCAAAUGAAAGAAGAUAUGAU